AUGGCAGCUGGGAAGACUGGGAAAGGACUCCUGCAGAAGAAGGGCCAACCUGGUGUAACUCAGUGGGUAACAGCAUGCAGCCAAUUGACAACCCUCACUUCUUUCCCAAAGACGUGGCUCCAGACAUCCUCUGGCAUUUUCCAGUGGUCCCAGAAGAGCCUUUUCCAAGUGGAUGGUGGAUCAGAACAGAUCACUGGAAUAGGCCCAUGUCUAAACAGGACAUAUCACACUUCAGUCCAGUUUCUAAAGUCUCAGGACUCCUCAAAACCCAUUGAAGAGAAGGUUGGUGCCCUCACAAAGAUAAUAGAAGCCAUGGGCUACACUGGGACAUAGAAAUACAGUAGAUGGAAGAUUAAGAUUGCUGCCCUGCGCAUGAACACUAGCUGUGUGGAGAAAACUGACUUCGAGGAAUUCUUUCUAAGGUGCCAGAUGCCUGAUACAUUCAACUCUUGGUUCUUCUAUACUCUGCUUUCAUUAUGGAUGUGUCUUGUCCGGAUGAAGCAGGAAGGUCGUUCAGGGAGCUACAUGUGUCGCAUCAUAGUUCAUUUUAUGUGGGAGGACGUUGAGCAGCGUGGCAGAGUCUUGGGGGUAAAUUCCUAUAUCCUGAAGAAGAACAUGCUAAUCAUGACAAAUAGUUUCUAUGCAGGAAUCUUGGGAUAUGAUGAGGGCAUCCUGUCAGAUGAUCAUGGGCUGGCUGCUGCUAUCUGGAGGACUUUUUUUAACCAGAAAUGUGAAGACCCCAGACAAUUGGAGCUACUGGUAGAGUAUGUAAGGAAGCAGAUGCAGUACCUGGAUUCCAUGAAUGGGGAAGAACUUCUCUUAACUGGGGAGGUAUCUUGGCGCCCUCUCGUGGAGAAAAAUCCCCAAAGCGUUCUGAAACCCAGUUUGCCAACAUACAAUGAUGAAGGCCUCUGAGGGGUGGCCCCUCCAAGCUAUGGAGCAGCUGCCCUUGAGGAGAAGCUAGGAACAAGGUACCUGCCGCCCCUGGGCCCAGCAGGAAGAGGCCGGAUUAACCAUUGAACAACAUCUGUAAAACACCUGGCCCCUGUUUGUAUUGAUUUCCCUUUUAAUGUGCCCAGAAGUUGGCCUGGGGGGUACUGGGUGGGGCCACUUUGCAUCAGGGUGCUGGGAGACAUCCAAGCUGUCCCAAGGAACUCACUGGGGAAAAGCUUUCCCCCCAAGAAAUUCUGCAGGGAUCCCCCCUGCUCCCCAGACAGCUAUGUGUGUAUGCUUUCCCCCAGGGUCCUUGGUGGGGAAGGUGAUAGAAGCAGAAGGCACCCCCAGCCCCGGGCCUUCUCUACCCCUGGAACUCUGCCGUGCUACUGAGAGCAAAUGGGUUGGGAUGUAUCUAUCCCUCCACAUGAAGCAUAGCAUUGAGUUGGGAAUUAAAAGAAAUAGAGAAUUAUUUCUGCCACGGUUUUUCUUUAUUUUGGAGGUGUUUCUGAAAGUCAUUUGAGGUGGGGUUAGCAUAAGCUGUGGGUCCCCACCUCAGAGAAGGUGGUUGGCAAGGACAGUCUCCCAAGAGUCCCCAUUCACUGAUCCCCAAAGUGGAUCUUCUUUCUGGAGAUGCUCAAGUCAUUCUGAGCACAGCCAGGCCCUAGGGGCUACUCAGCUCCCAGCUCCCUCAAGGACCUCAGCUUGCACCAAGGACAGCACGCCCUCCUCUCUGAGUUCACCUUGAUGCCCCAGAUGGAGAACAUGAACUCAUCUUUUCUUUCUGUGCCCCUUUAGGAAGAUUUGGCUAGUGUAGGUGGGAUUCUUCCUUCCUUUGGCAAUGGGAUGGGGUCUGGGGCCCAGCCCGGCACCAGUCUCUUCAUUAUUACUGGCUUGUCCUUCUGCCUAAAUUCAGAGUGACCCCCAUCACCAGGCUUUGGGGUUUGAGGGCCUGACCCCUCCCUCUCUGGAUGCAGCCACCUCCCCGGGGCAUUUUCUUUGGAUUGGGGAAAAAAAAGUCGUAUUGUUCAUUUUUUUCCCCAAAGCAAACUUCCUCCAUUUAACUUGUUAUAAAAUGAGUCAUAUAAAGAAACUCUAUAUGUGUGAGGUAUAUAUCCCACUUCUGUGAAAACAUUACAAACCAAACAGCCUUCUCUCAGUUUAUUUAAGAUGCUUUUGUUGCAAGUUGAGCUCUAGAGAGAAGCCUCCUGUGUGUGUGAGAUAAUAACACCUUGUAACUCAUUACAGCUGGGCAAUAUUCACAUAAACCAGGGCUGAGCAAGGCAGGAAUUUGCUGAUUAAUUUAUUUUUAAUGGAGUGAAGUAUACCAAAAUAAACUUUACUGUGUGUACCUAACUGCUCCUGGAAUAGAUGGAAAAAUUAAUGGAACAGAUUUUGGCUCCCAGCUCCACACAUUAAUUCAUAUAUAAAACAGUUAUUUAAACCUUAACCCCUUUGCUGCCCUUGGCAACUCUCUAGUCUCAUAGAGCCAUAAACCUCAGUCACAGAAUUAUAGCAACUUAGAUCUGGAUGGAAUUUAAGUCAUCUACCCAGACCCUGACCUAAAACAUAAAUCCCCAUUACUGUAGCACCCCCUACAAGUGAUCAUCUAGCCUCCACUUGGACAUCUUUCAGAACAGGGAGCUCACAACUUUAUAAAAUAUUCCAUUCCAUUGUUGAAACCAUGGAAUUUUAGGAAGUUGUUCCUCACAUUGAACCAAAAUCUGUCUUCUUGUAACUUUCAUCCAGUAGUCCUAAUUCAAAUUGGUCCUCGAAAGGGACCGAUUAGAUAUUUAAAGACAACUGUCAUGUCUUCCUAAACCUUCUUUUCCUCUCAGGCUCUUUUGACUGAGCCUUUAUAUAGCAUGGCCUCAAGUAUCCUCACCAUCCUAGUUCCCUUGCUUUGGUUGUUUCCCAACUAGUCUUCGUUCCUGAAAUGACCCAGAAAUGAAUAUAAUACUCUAGCAAUGGCCUGAGACCAGGGCAGAGUAGAGUGAGACUUAUCACCCCAGUCCUGGCCACUAUACUUAUUUAAAUAUAGAAAUAGCCGGAGAUGUUAUUUGCUUUUUAGGUCCCAGCACCAGGAUACCAAAUGAUCUUCCUUCCACAUCUCUGAAUUACAUAGUUGGGCCAGUUGCCUUCCCUACACCAGGAAAAGCCUCAGGUCCUUCCAGCAGUGAGGGGGCUCAGAGAACAAUGUCAUAUUGAGUCUUUGUGAUCAUAAGGCUUUUUCCAAGUGUGUCAUUGUUUCACAUGUGGAACUUCUCAUAUGGGGGGAGGGGGGCCCACAAAGUGAGUCCAUCACCUGUGUUCCAAAUGCCAUGACUGUGAAAUCUUGACAUGUUUGCUUCUUUCCUAGGUGUUCACUCCCUUUUCAGUCCUCUGCCUUCACCAGACGAAAUAUCCAACCUAAUUCCUUGAGCAUUUAGUGAUCACCCUUUUUAUUCUCAGGAUUGUAAAUAGGAAGGAAAGAAUAGCUGUGCUUUUUAAAAACUAAGCAAUUAUAAAAAGCCAUUAGUAGUCCAGGUUGCUGCCUUCUGGAGACUGACUAGGAAUCCAAAAACAAUGAGAAUGGUGACUGGAAAUAGAGUAUCUUUAUGGUUUACUAAGUACUCAUUGUCCCAUCUCGUUUGAUUUUCACAAUAAUCCUGAGAUGAGGAAUGCAAGAAGCAGUAGAACCAUUUUACAAAUCAUGGCAACUGAGGUCCAAAGAAGGUCCAAUAGAUGACCUUGAUGGAGAGAAAGAGGGGCACAUAGAUAAAUUUUGGAGGAAUUAAGAGGGGUUAAAUGAACAUGAGUUGGAUUUUAAAGCAUGAAUACAAGUGAGUCGGCAAAGGAGAGAAAAGGCAUUCUGUGCCAGGGAAUAAGUGAAUAGGCACAUAUCUGGAUAUUUGGAGGAACUGUGGUCAAGAACAGUGGGACGGGGGACAGCUAGGUGGCUCAGUGGAUAAAACACCGGCCCUGGAGUCAGGAGGCAGGAGGACCUGAGUUCAAAUCCGACCUCAGACACUUAAUACUUACUAGCUGUGUGAACCUGGGCAAGUCACUUAACCCCAAUUGCCUCACCCAAAAAAACCAAAAACAAGAAUAGUGGGACGGGAGAGAAAGAGAUAAGGUGGUUACAGUAAUAGCAGACAUUUAAUGCAGUGUGUAGUGAGAGAAAAACACUGGAGUAGGAGCCAAGACACCUGGUUUGAACCCCACCUCUACUACUUAUAAACUUGUGUGUUUUGGGGCAAGUCACUUACUUCUAUGGGCCAUAGUUUUCUCAUCUAUAAAAUGAGGUCGAACUGGAUAAUCUCUAAAGCACAUUCCAUCUAUAAAUCCUGUGGGGUUUUUUUUGUUGUUGUUGUUGUUUGGUCAGACCGAGGAACAUGGACUUAAAUUGGAAGACAAUAAGUAGCCAUUCUAAACUCUAGAAUAAAGGACUACCUACUGGUAGGAAGCACAAGGUAGUGGAAAGAAUACUAGAGUCAGGAGACCAGGCUUCAAAGCUCAGCUCUAUUUAUUCUGAAUUGUGUCUGAAUCUGUUUCCUCAUCUGUAAAGUGGUGAUAAUACUUGUGCUGCCAAAUAAAUAUGAUUUUAUUGUUGAUGAUGAUAAUAUUGGCAUGAUGAAAAUGACAUUUUAUGGAGAUUACCCAAGCAGAGGUAGAUAAAAACAUUAGAAGUAGAGAGGUCACUAAGAGGUAAGUGGUAUAAUGAAGUUAUAAUGGAAGCAGUGAGAAGGGAGAGAAAGGUACAUACAUAUUCAAGAAAUAUUUUGAAGGAACAUUGUCAGGAAUUUACAAGUGAUUAAACAUGGAAGUCCAAGGAGUGGGAAGAGGCAAUGUUAAUUUAACUUCAAGUAAAUAAAUGUUUCUUAACUUCCUACAGUGUAGUGCAAGGUGCUAGGGACAGGAAGACAAAAAUGAAACAAUUUUUGCCCUAAAGUUGCUUACAUUCUCCUGGGAGAUCCAACAGGACACACAGAUAUGUAAAUACAAAUUUGAGGAGGGAGUGAAAGGAAUAACUUCUUUCUAGAUGAAAAGGCCUGAGGCCUAGAAGAAUGGUGGUAUCCUAACAGAAAGGACUGGAAAAGUACAGACAAGAUGUAGAUAAUAGAGAGUUGAAACCCAAGGUAGAAAGGAUAGUAAGAGAACAAACACCUAGUGGUUCCUAAUGACUUCAAGUUGCCAAGCCCAAAAGAACUACAUCCCAGAGUUGUGGAAGAAUCAGGGGUUGUGAUUGCUGAUCUUUAAGACUGGAAAAUGGGAAGAGUGCUUCUGGACUGGAAAGAUGCCAAUGUCCCAAUUUUCAAGAAGGGGCAGCUAGGUGGCACAGUGGAUAAAGCACUAGCCCUGGAUUCAGGAGGACCUGAGUUCAAAUCCGGCCUCAAACACUUGACACUUAC